GGAUUUCCCCAUAAACGGGAUAUUAACAUUACUCUCAUUUUGAAUCGCAGAUGACCAAUGAAUACAUACGAUCAGACAGACAAAACGAAUCGUAAUUAUAGAAAGUAAUUCCUUGCCCGGCAGUAUCUCAAGGUCCUUAUUGCUAUUAGGUCUUACAGUAAAACGACACUCAAGCUCAGUGUUAAUUCCAUGAUUGUUAAUACUGGAUGUUCGUUUUGCAAUCAGUGAGUGACCGCGAAAGACAAAAACGAAAUCAUCUGAUACGCGCAUCAAGCAUGGGGAAUGAAGAUAUCAAAUUAUACUUCGAAACUGCGAUAAGGCUUGUCAAAGAUGCUGGAAAAAUUUUAUUAUCAGCUAAAAAAAUUCACGUAGAAGAAAAGGAACCGGGAGAUUUGGUGACUGAAUUUGAUAGAAAAAUUGAAGAAGUGCUUAUAAACGAACUAAAGAAGAAAUUUCCUUCACACAAGUUCAUUGGAGAAGAAGAAUCAUUUACAAAAAAUAAAAUAAAUGACUUAACAGACGAUCCAACUUGGAUAGUCGAUCCUAUCGAUGGAACAUCGAAUUUUGUCAGAAAAAUUCCUAUCACAUGUAUAUCGGUUGGAUUAGUGAUAAAAAGGGAAAGAAUUAUUGGUAUUGUAUACAACCCUUUUCACGGCGAAUUGUACACAGCAAUUAGGGGUGAAGGUGCAUACUUAAACGGGCAACGGAUACACACGAGUAAAAAAGAAGAUAUAAGUCGAGCGUGCUUUAAUUAUGAACUAUCACUAGCCAAAGCUGAAAUCUACCGGGCAAUGUAUUUAACAAGGUUGAAGUAUCUAAUAGGAGAAGUUGAGGGAAUACGAUCAAUGGGUUCGGCAGCCAUGGGUCUAUGUUAUGUUGCCAGAGGGUACACAGAUGCUUAUCAGUGUGAUGGUUUAUAUCCAUGGGAUGCUGCCGCAGGGGUUUUAAUAGUUGAAGAAGCCGGUGGUUAUGUGUGUGAACCGACAGGAAUGGAAUUCGAUCUAAUGAAACCAGACAUGUUGGCUUGUGCCACAGAAAAACUGGCGAGGCAGUUUUUAAAAAUAGAAAAGAAAGCAGACGAAGAAUGGAGAUUAUUACUGAACGACCUGUGAAAAAUAAAAUAUACUACCAUAAGUAUUACUAUUAAUUACUGCACGUAUUUUACGUUUAGUCGAUUUUUAUUCGCAAAAAAACCUUGUGAUUAAAAGAUCUGUUGCAUCUAUUGCAGAAUAGGAUUUUUUUUUAUAUAAAACUCACUCACUAUUAAUAGUCGUACAAGAAACUUUAGAUACAUACCAUACUGUUUAACUUGUUAUUUGUAUGCGAAAACAAUUAUAAUAAAUAAAUUAUUCUAUUUA